AGGCAAGAUAAGUAAGGAAGGGGUGUAGAGGCAAUGUAAGUACUGAAGGAGGUGCAGACGUUAAUUCCCGUCGACGCUGUAAGGAACAAUGAAGCUACCAGUGACCGCGGCAGUAGUAGCGGUGGUGGCGGCGACAGUGACAGCGGCGAGAGUGGGCAGGGGUGAAGGAGGAUCGGCCGCUGGUGGAGGUGAAUGAGGGGCUGAUCCGAGGUCUCACCACCACACUCUACAACAUCACCUACUUGGAGUUCCUGGGGAUCCCCUACGCCACCCCGCCCCUCGGCCCCCUCAGAUUCAAGAACCCGGUCCCUGCCGAGCCGUGGGAGGGGGAGCUGGACGCCUCCACCCUACCGCCGCCCUGUGACCAGCUCGUCUUGAUGGGCAGAGAGGACUGUCUCUACCUCAACGUGUACACUCCCUCGGGCGCUCUCGAGACAGACAACCCACUGCCCGUCAUGGUCUAUAUUCACGGCGGCGCUUACUACAUCGGGGGCUCUUACAAAAACCACGGCUUCCAAGAGUUUGUGUCUCGCGGAGCGGUGGUAGUCUUGAUGCAGUACCGCCUCGGCCUGUUUGGGUUCCUGUCCACGGAGGACGAGGCAGCCCCAGGGAAUCAAGGCCUCAAGGACCAGACGCUUGCACUUCGUUGGGUGAAGGACAACAUCGCUAACUUUGGAGGCGACUCAACCAGAAUCACCAUCAUCGGAUCGAGCGCAGGGUCCACCUCUGUUCAUUACCAAAUGCUGGCUCCGUCUGCAGCAGGACUGUUCACGGGGGCCAUCAUGGAGAGUGGCACCACGCUGAGUCCCUGGGCAAAAGGAAGAGAUUUUCUGGCCACCGCUCAGGCCGUCGCCGAGAGAUUUGACUGCCCCACACUACCCACUGAUGACCUGGUGGCCUGCCUGCAGACAGUUGGGGCUCAUCUUCUGGACAUGUCUUACUUCACUCUCUAUGAAUGGAACCUGCAGCCAUUCUAUAUUGGGCCACGUGUGGAUGGGGACUACCUACCUGAGGAACCUGCCCUGCUGCUGAAGAAGGACCUGUACAGCCACGUGCCCACCAUCAUGGGGGUCAACAGGGACGAGAUGGCCAUGGAAACUGUUGAGAUGUAUUCAGUCCCCAGCCUUAUCAGCAGCCUUGUAGAGAAUUUCAACAUCAAUGGGCCAGCAAGCCUCCACCUCUACCCUGAUGAGGAACCUGCCACCACAGCCACCACCACUUACAACCACUACCUCGGUGGUAUUCACAUCACCAAGGAUGACGCUGACAACCUUACUCGGAUGUUUACUGACUGCCUGUUCCACAUCCCUCAUGACUGGACCACACAGCUGAUGAGCAGUGCUGACCUUCUGUUCACCUAUGAGCUGCACCACCGCGGGGAACAAGGCUUCACCAACGACUUCCUUGAUGUUGGGCUCGACUUGCCACAAGCCAGAAACUACAUCUCCCAUGGAGACAACAACCAGUAUCUUAUGUACCCAAAGUAUGCCAACCUACACACAGCAGAGGACAAGACAGUGGGCAACAUCUUCACUUCCAUGUGGGUCAACUUUGCCAGCACUGGGAACCCAACACCUGAUGAUUCCCUCGGCUUCACAUGGGAGGUGACGGAGGACUCAACAAACAUGCAGCACCUCAAGAUCCUACCACAGCCACACAUGGAAGCAGAUCAGAGGGCAGAGACAAGAGCCUUCUGGGAAUCACUGCCUCUUAGAAUCAACAACCUCCUUCAUCCUUAAUUGUACUCUUGUUGUCAAUACCUCAGAUGUUAACUCUAGCCUAAAUAAAUAAGCAGUUUCAUCGAC